AUGCAAGUAAAGCACGGCACGAAACUCCGGAUCUUCAAGCAACUCUGCAGGCAGUUCACCUCAUUGACGAUCCAGUCUGCAGACACAUCUGCAUCCCUUGCGGCGUUCCGCGCAGUUCUGUCCAGCCAGUGCGAUGCGGAAGCGUAUUUAGGCGAAGACCUUUUCUUCGUGGAUCCCUCGCAGAAGCUGGCACACUUCUUUGGAGUGAAGGCAGAGGAGCGGUCCUUGACCCAGUUCCUGUGCCUCGCCUGCCACUUCCUGGAAGAGCGAACUUUGACGGCGAGCUGUCCGUCAAGUUCAUCGCUGGGUGAGGGAGUCGAUCAUCUACCAGAUCGUGAUAAUGGCAGGGCUGAUGAGGGGGAAGACGAAAGACCUCUUACCUUGUCGACCCUCCUCGCAGCACUCAAAGACAACCGUGACCAGAUCGUUGCUCAAGUCCGGGAAGACAUCGACGAGCUUAGCACCAGAGUUUCGACGGUCGAAAACACAGUCAACACCAGAGUGACGACGGUCGAACACACGAUGGACACACAUGUCGCCAAUACCACCAGACUCCUCGAAGCCAUGACCGACCGACACUGUGCAAUGGAACAGAGCGUGCGACAAGUGGAUGAUCGCCAGGCCUCGGUGCUGCAGCGACUUGAGAUCCUCGAGGGGAAAUUUGCCUCUGCCAACUUCUCGCUCUCUAGCACGAGGACCGACAGCGACGGGGGACACGCCAGACCGGCCCUCGUUGUCGGGGGAUGGAGUGCUGACCAACACCAUGAAGAGACCCUACGUCUUGUCAAACAACACAUCCAAAACCUUGAGGUGGAUUUGGAUACGAGCAAGGCCUUCGUUCCGGGACUUCGUCGGGGGUUUGCCCUCGUGCCACUGAUCAAACAUGAUGGUGAAAGCGAUGAGGAGCAACGUGCCCGAGUCCAAGAAGUGCUGAAGACGAUCCGCGCGGCCAAGAUCAUCACAGGCCAGCGACCUGAAGGGGGAAACCGCUACUUCUUUGCCGCCCUCAGCCAAAGCCCCGAACGUCGCAAGCGAGCCCAACUUGCGGGCAAAGUCAAACGCUUGAUCAUUGAAGAAGGCGGGGACAUUCGGCAUAUCGAUGUGGAAUAUGGCACUGCGAAUCUCUGGUACAACAGUGUCAAAGUUGCCUCGGGGGUUACCUCGCCACCUGAAGGGCGACGGCGGCGGGGAGAUCCCGAGAUGGGCCAGCCACCCGCGAACUUGCAUGUGCUGUCUUGGAAUGUUGGUGGGCUUACAGCUGCAAAAGUACUGGAAUGCCUCUCAGCACUCCGACGACAGAAAAUUCGACCUUUUUCUGGUUCCCUCAUCGUCGCGGUACAAGAAGUCAUAUGCGAUGUGGGGAAACACCAUGACACCUUGGAUGAGCUGCAGAUCAUCUUCGGGAAGAGAGACGAAGAUUGGCGGGGGACGGGAAUCGUCCAUACCUCCAACCUGCAGCACACCCGGGGAAAGAUUCUGCCAUGUUCGAUCUCAUGCACCUUGACCAGUUCAGGUUUGCGAAUAGGUGCCUUUUCUAUCCACUUACCUCACCAUGCCACUCUUUCCGCAAGCGAGCAGCUUUUACAGGGCAUUCAUGCGCAGGUUCAAUCCCACUCUAGAGCUGUGAUCGGUAUAGAUGCCAACGAAACAUUUUCAGAAGCCCAGCAGAACCGGCAGAUCAAAGCUUCCUCAGCAAGGGGGGAAUUGCUCCUUGAAUGGUUCGAAGAACAUCAAUGCCAUUUCCCGCAGCAGGAAAUCGCCGAGCCGAGCCAUUUCCCAUACAACCCGCGACUCGAGCCACGCCGACUGGACUAUGUGCUAGCAAAAAAACUGCUGUGCAACCCCGGAGGAGUUCUGAAGCAGAGGGACAUCGCUACUUCGGACCACGAGCCUAUCGCAGUUCCACUGACAGACAUCACGAUCGCAGAUGGACCGAAGGAUAGGCAACCAGCCCCGUGGUCGGCCAGAACACUACGAUCACACGACGAGGUCGACCGCAUCAUGGACCACCAUGCCACUGCCGGGGGAGAUCCCGUUCACCAGCUUCAACAAGUUGCUGUUGCCAUCACCAAACCCGGGAAAGACAAGAAACCUUUCCGGGAAUCAGACGAGCUCCGACAACUACGACGUGCAGCACUGCUCGCAGAACCCGGUGUAGAACGACGAAGACUCUGGAAGCAAGCGCGAAAACUACACCAAUCGGAACAUAAGCUGUGGAGACACUUGGCCAUGAAAAAGGUUGCGGAGCUCGAUUGGGGAAUGAAAAAAGCCCUGGUUGAGCAAUCCCGGGACCACUCGUGGGAGCUAGGCCUGCUCGAAGACAGCGAUUGGCGGGGAGCCCUACGUCUUCACUUCGAGAAGAUCUUCUGCCGCCAAAAACAAGUGGUUGUGACGGCCGCCAUCCGGGGGAUCAUGGACAAGCUCCAAAGACUUUGCAAAAACACUCCCUGGAAGCCUUUCUGUAUGGAAGAACUGCAGACCGUGAAAGUCAAGUGGAAAAAUGGGAAAUCCUGCGGACCCGACAUGGUUUCGCACGAGGCACUUAAAGCCUUGCUCCCCCACCCGAUCUGGGGGAACCGACUGCUGGCACUCUUUAAUGAUAUGCUCUAUACUUGCAGGAUCAUCGAGAGCGUGGAAGCAGGAGCAACCAUCCUUCUUGCGAAGACCAGUCAGCCAGCAGAUUGGAGUGAAACCAGACCCAUCACUCUUAGUUCAGUUCUGCUCAAAACCCUCAGCCAACUACUGCUCCAACGAGCGGGGGAUUCGAUCCAGACCCCUGCGAGACUACAGUGGUGCCGACGAGGGCGACAAGGCAUAGAACUUAUUAUGAUCCUUCGACGCCUGGCUCGUGUAGCCAGGGACUGGGGGAUGGAGUUCUACAUUGCGAAGUUGGACAUCAGAAAGGCCUUUGAUUCCAUUUACCAAGAAAGUCUUGCAGAGCAUGUGAGUUCCGCAGUCGGGGAAAAAGCCAGGCUCCCCUGGGAAGCGCGAGCAUGGGUAUCCCUAUUGCACGCUCAACAGAUCAACAUUGAGAUCGCUGGGGAAAGUAUCCCCAUUCCACAAAGCAAUGGAGUUCGACAAGGGGCUCCCGAAAGCCCGGUAGCCUUUGGCUCCGUGGUUGCCGUGGAUCUGGAUGCUGCCAUCGCAGAAGCUCGCACCUCCAAACCCGCGGGGGAAGACUCUCCUCCCGAAGACGGGGGAAGCUACAUGGAUGACAACUACAUCUGGUCCACAGACCGCAAGCAUUUCCAACACAUGCUGAGUUCGCUGGACGGACGACUACCACGACGAGGACUUUUCCUACACCCGGGGAAAACCGACAUCAUCAGCACGUCGGACAAAGAGACGACCUUUAAGGUGGCCGGGGAAGACGUCCUCACUAACGGACCAAAGCACAUUUUCCACGUACUGGGCAGCCCCCUCUCCUUUCAAGGGGGAACUGCGAUGCUGCUGGCCGAAGCACAGAGCCGGGCCCGCAAGGCCUUUUGGUGUCAUCGGGAGUCGUUUACCUCCGAUGCCACCUUUCGUCAAAAGCUGCAAAUUCAUGUGGUGUUGGUACGGCAAAGUGCCUUGUGGGCAUGCCAAACAUGGCCGUGCCACAGCAAUUUGCUCCGAUCUGUCAAUGCCAUCCAACUUGGCCAAGUGCGAACAAUGCUGGGCCUGAGGAGGCAACCUUGCGAGGAAUGGGCGACAUGGAACAAACGAAGUCUCCGUCGCAGUCGACUUGCCCUCUUCCACAGCGGGGGACUUCGCUGGUCUACCUUUGUGCUUUCACAAAUUUGGACUGCUGUUGGCCACAUCUGCCGUGGUGACCCUAUCGGGGGAGCCACCUUCCAGUGGCACAGCUUGCGAUGGUGGCAACGACAAAAAGACCGGGGGAUUCCCGUACAGCAUGCACAGCGCUUCAAUGCGUACAUGGACAUCGACAGACAACUCAGCGAAACUGCAGGCCCGGAAUGGUUUGCCAUCGCUCAGGAUCGGGAUGCUUGGGGGGAACUUGAAGCAGUCUUCAUUGAGAGAUACGACGUGCCAUGGAGCAGUGGCAAACAGGGGAGUAUUGCCAACCUCGACACGGCUCUCAACGUCUCGGAAACAAAGAGGGCAAGCACCAAUUCAAGCAGCGAGUAUGGGCGGGGGAAUCCCUCACCCGACCUGACCCCCAACCACAACACGGGGGCGAGCUCCACAGAUGCUCACCAGCCGCCUACCAGCGACCGGGCGACACCCAGCAAACCCGAAGAUGGCUCCACCAACCCCCCCAAGCCGAAGCACAUCUACACAGCGGAGGAACAAUGGCAAUACGACAACGCCCCUCAAGGGCCCAACUCAAGCACACUUGAAAUUCCCCCCAGCAUUCCACAUGCAGAAGGGACCACGACCGAAUACCUGCCGAUCACCCAUGGCUGCUUCGACGUGCAGGUCACAGCCACACACUACAUCCCCACUCCCCUCACUGCUUCAGCCGGCCUCCCACCACUCCACGUCACCCACCUACAGCAGACAGGACCAGUACUCACAGCCCCACCCUUUACACCUGGCACACACGGCCGCCUGGCCCCCAUGGGUCCAGACCGUUGGCUAUUCCUCGUCACCAGUGUACCCCCACUCGACGAGUUUUGGCCGCACAGCAUGUUCCUUGCUGAAGGGGAUAGCUUUAUCCUCGAAGACACCCCCCACGGCUGGCAAAUGACGGUCGACAAACAAGCAGCCUCUGCAGCCCGCGAGUUCCGGCGCGGGGAAAUGCGCACACCACCAAAAGCACCCCCACAACAGCCGACGCAGCAAGACCAAAAGAGGCGACCCGCCGCAGAGCCACCCACCACCACAGCCACCCAGGACACCAACAACACAGUUGAGCGGGGGAGCUCGACUCCGGCCCAGGGAACCCGCCAAGUGCGCUUCGCAGACGACGUGGUCGAACCCACCGUGAGAGCAAGAAGCAAAGCCAUGCAGCGACUAGCUUCGGCCGAGCACCAUAACUACAUCACGUACUAUGACAUCCAGCAUGACGUGGACGUAGUGAUCACGUGGCUUAAUGGGCACAUGCAUGCCAUGGCCACUGCAAUGGAUGGCAACCCUCAAAACUGGGGGAGUGCAGCAGAGGCGACGCUGCACAGCUAUGACAGGGGGAUCAGGAACACCGGGGAAAUCCUCGGACGCAUGGGGCAAGCGCUACAAGGCGUGCAGAUGGAACCACAGAACCGCGAGCAUUGGCUGUUACUCGUGGAUGUGACAGCCUACCUGACAGCCGUCGAAAGCGGGGAAACUGUGCACCAUCCCGCUGACGUCAUCGCGAUGAGCCGGGGGAAGCUCACCAACCACCUGGCCCGUGAGCGACGUGAACGAAGAGCUCGGGGGAUCAUCCUCGAACUGCAAGCACUCCGCGAGCAGCUUGGAGAGUGGCGGUGGAGCUGGCGCUACAACCUGAAGUACGAGUACCACCGGGGGAACACGCCGACCAUGACCCGGCCGAAGUACCAGGGCACGAUCAAGGACCUCUUCCUCACGGGGGGAAUGCACCGAGCUCCUCUUCGAGCGGGGGAGCAUGGUGGCAACAAGACCGCCACCACGGACUCGGAAAUGCGGCCGACACGCGCCGCCACACACCAACGGAAGAAUAUGGAAGUGAUGGUGAAAGUCCUGCAGAACACCGGCGACGUCGCCUUCACGCAGCCUUCUACGACCGGAACGGGCCCAUCUGAGCAGAGAGCGGCCAGUGACCAAAGGGGGAGCACAUAG